AGCCGCCGUGCUAUCGUUCGGUGUCGUUCACCUUCGGCGGCUUGCGACUCGGCCUGGGGACGGGAGUGGAAGGGAGUCGUCUGUCGUCGGAAGCAUGUCACUGGUGGCGGAAGCCUUCGUGACUCAGAUAGCAGAUGAGAUUACGUACUUAAAAUGGAACAUGAUGAAAAGUACAGAUAGCCCUUGGGUUACAACAGCAACUGGGACUGCCAUUGCUGCCGAACCUUGGCCUCAGAAUGCUGUGCUCUAUCAGCCAUUGAAAGAGGAACAGAUUUUGCUUUCUGAUAAUGCUGCCUGUCUUGCUGUUCAGGCUUUUUUACAAAUGUGCAAUCUGCCAGUCCAGGUGGUUUGUAGGGCAAAUGCAGAAUAUAUGUCCCCAUCUGGAAAAGUGCCCUUUAUUCAUGUAGGAAAUCAAGUAGUUUCAGAACUUGGCCCCAUUGUCCAGUUUGUAAAAGCCAAGGGCCAUUCACUUAGUGAUGGGUUGGAUGAAGUCCAAAAAGCUGAGAUGAAAGCCUACAUGGAAUUAGUCAAUAAUAUGCUUUUGACAGCGGAGCUGUAUCUUCAGUGGUGUGAUGAUGCUACAGUCCAGGAGAUCACUCAUCCAAGAUAUGGUUCUCCUUAUCCUUGGCCUCUGAAUCGCAUUUUGGCCUAUCAGAAGCAAUGGGAGGUGCAGCGUAAAAUGAAGGCUAUUGGCUGGGGCAAUAAGUCACUUGAUCAGAUACUUGAAGAUGUAGAUCAGUGUUGUCAAGCACUUUCUGAAAGGCUUGGGACACAACUGUAUUUCUUCAAUAAGAAGCCAACUGAAUUAGAUGCUUUGGUAUUUGGACAUCUGUUCACAAUCCUUACUACCCAGUUGAUCAGCGAUGAACUGUCUGAAAAAGUGAAAGGCUACAGUAACCUCACUGCAUUUUGCAGAAGAAUAGAACAACACUACUUUGAAGGUCGAAGUUAAGACUGCCCAGUGUUCCUUCUCCAAACUGUCUUUGAUAAACAGAAUGCUUAUGAUGAUAGUAAUAAUAAAAUUAAUAUUUUGACUGUGCUUGUUUUGUUUUAAAAAAUUAGUAGCACAGAUUUGAAAAUUGGGUUUAGUUCGCAAUCUGAGUCAGCUACGCCAAAAUUGUUGUAGCCCAAAAGAAUCUACCUGUGAUGAAUCCAAGAAACCUGCUGUAUUUAAAACAAAAUUUGAGUUUUUCAUUAUACGUGUCUGUGUGCCAUUUUAAUAUUCUUUUGAAGUGACCUUGAAACAACAUUGUGUCAAGAUGUAAAACAAUAAAGUUUAGAUAAUUCUAUAAGUCUUUUUCUUAAUAUUUUUAACUGCCUAUACAUGCUACAUUCUUAUAAUUAUUUGCACUACAUCCAUUGAACUACUAAGUUGGGAUUAUGGUUAAAGGUACAAUGUUUACAUAAAUAACAUUUGUAUUUUUAUCCAGCUACAUAAGCAGAAUUUUCUUAUCUGAUUAAACAGUAUUUAAAAUAUUAACAGUGAAUAGCACGAAAAAUUACGCAUAAUGCAGAACCUGUAAAAUGUAUUAAUUUAUAGUAAAAAUGUGAAAAUAA